AAGAAGGGAGGAGGAAAUGCAGAUGCUGGACUUUUCCUCGAGGGAAGUACGCAGGAACAAGGCUUCUGUUGUCAACGACGACGUUGGAAAAGCUCUUGCCUUUUUCCCAUCCAUGGCGACGGAGGACAGAGGAAGGCCAUUGCCCAAGUUUGGGGAAUGGGACGUGAGCAACCCGGCCUCGGCGGAGGGCUUCACAGUCAUCUUCAACAAGGCACGUGACGAGAAGAAGACCAAGAAAACCUCCAUUGCAGGUCCUGAUCUGGUUUCACCUCACAGAGAUGAAGACCCUCUGCCUGCCCAUCACCAUGAUUCCCACAGCUCCAGAUCCAAGAAGAAAUGGCUAUGCUUCCUUUAACUCUCUGAUACUUCCCAGAGCCGACGAGAAGGAAACAGAACAGCCAGCGAAUCUGUUCAUCGUAUGUUGUUGUCGUAUAGCUUCUCUUCCUCUGCUACUUGUUGAGCUUUUUCCUCUCUUUCUUUUCGCCCAAUACGGACAGAGGAGCGUGCCUUCUUCUUGCGGUUCUUAAUAAGAAACUUGAUCUGGAACUGGAUAUCGCCAUUGCCGUUUUGUAGCCAUGGUGUUGUAUAAUAUGCAUAUAUAUCCACACAUCACUUCCCCUGGCU